AUGUUAGAAAUCACAUGUAAAACCUUUGAAGUCAUCCUUGAUUUCAUCUAUACUGGUCACAUUGUUCUAGACUUUGAAAAUAUCCAAGACAUAUUACAAGCCAGUGAUCUCCUACUAAUGACUGAGCUGAAAGAGCUGUGUGUCCAGUACCUGAUGAGUAUUAUUGAAGCAGAAAAUUGUCUGGGCAUACUUGAACUAGCUCAGAGAUUUUCAUGUCCAAGACUUGUAUGCUUUACUAAAGAUUUUAUUUGCCAGCAUUUUAAGUACAGGGAAGUUGUACGAACAGAAGAGUUUCGUAACCUGAGUGAGGAACGUUUAAAAGACCUCUUGUCACAAGAUGGACUUGCAGUUAAAUCAGAAUUAGAUAUUCUCACAGCUCUAGUGGUAUGGCUAAAUACCAACCAGCUGAAAUCACCUGAUGUGGAAUCCCUAGUGACAUGCUGCUUGCGAGAAUCUGCAGACUUAAAGUAUGAUCCUAAGUUUCAAAGGGCUUUACAAGAUCUGAGAGCUGCCACGCCACCAUGGGACUCCCCAGGAGCUAUGAUGGUGCUUGAUGCCCUGAAGAAGACCAGGAGAAUUAGAUCCAUCAGGGAAAGAGGCACCAAAACAGUCCUUGCAUGCGGGGAUGAUGAAGGUGGUAUAUAUUUGGUGGAUAUCCUGAGUUCAGGCAAAUAUUCCGGAUCCCAUGUUAAACUGCCGCCCAUGUGUAUCCCGAGAAUUAAACCAACACUUGUUGUGGAAGGUGGGUAUCUCUUUGCUCUUGGUGGAGGCAACAAGAGUGGAGAAGCUAAAAAUGAUGUACAGCGAUAUGACCCACUCUCCAAUAGCUGGACACUGAUGGCUCCAAUGCCAUUUGCAUGUUUUCUGCCUAUGGUUGUAUCUUAUGCAGGAAAGCUGUAUGUAACAGGUGGAUGUGAUAUUAAUGAGAGUGAACUACAAAUAACAAACUUUGAAGAAUUUGAUAUAUAUGCCAAUAAGUGGAGAUCACUUCCACCAAUUCCAAAUAUGAGGCAUGGAGCAGCUUUGGCAGUGAGCGAUGGAAAAAUAUACUUUAUUGGAGGUUCUCCUUGGAUUGAAUUACCAGAUGGAAGCCCAUAUUAUAGGGUGUUGGAUGCUGUGGAGAUUUUCUGCAUUAAAGAAGAGAUUUGGGUAGCUGGUCCUCAGCUGAAAGAAAGGAGAAGGCAGGCAGCAGCAGUUAAUCAUAAAGGAGAUAUUUACGUGAUUGGAGGCAUAAGACCACUGGAGUGCCCCAGUGCUCAGGGUCGCACCAAAGUAACAGGCACAGAAACGCUCUUCAAAGAGUCACAGAUGGGCUGGACCUCCAUGACUAAGCUCCAAAUCCCACUAGAAGCCAAAUAUAAAACUGUGGCUCUGGCAAAUAAUGAGCAUAUCAUUAUAAUUGGAAAAAAUGACAAUUUCACAUUUAUGCGUGAUAAUUGCUUCAUUAUGGUUGGCAGUGGCUGGGGACUAGUGCCAGGAGCUGAGAGCAUACUGACAUCUGGAACAAAGUAUUUUUGCAGUUAUGCUCUCUUGUCUCUUCCUUCUGCUGCCAUGCAUGAUUUAUACCCAGAGGAUAGUUUAUAGUUCUCCAUAAAAUCUCAAUAACUCAUAACCCUUAUAUUCUUGAGGUAACUCAAGUGUUUUUUGGACAUUGAGAAGAAAAGUACAUUUCUUAAUAGUGACACUAAUAUAUGUGUUUAGUGACCCCUUUGGUAAAAUUUCUAGAAAAAAAAUCUGGACCAUUACAGUAACAACCUGCCAUGAAUCAAGAGUAUGUUAAAUUAGUCUGUAGAUCAAAGUUAAUUUAGGAUUCACAAUCUUAUCAAAUAAGAUUUUCUGUGGGUGUGCAUGUGCGUGUAUGUGUGUUUGUGUGAGUGUGUGUAAGUGUGUGUCGGGGGGAUACAGGUCUGCAUGUCUGCAUGCAUACAAUAUUAAUGCUUGUGUGUUUUUUGUUUAUGCUUUAUGUGUGUGUGCUUCUGUAUUUGUCUAUAAUCUACUCAUUGUGUGAGAUCAAAGAUACUCAAGGUAGCUUCUAGCUUUUAUGAUAUUCAGAAUAUUAUAUGCAUAUACUUUAUUUCUAGAAACUUAUAUUAUGUGGAUUAUAUGCAUUUUCCUAUUUUAACACUCUCAAGCAUAAACUAGUCCCAGAGACCCAUCUACAGUGACUUUUUUGAGUUACCUCCUAGACUGCAUUAUCUGGCUGAGGUAGGAGAAAUACUUGUCUCUAGAAAACUGACAUAAAACUUUGGUCAGUAAAUUAAAAGAAUGGGCAUUAAUUUAAGCUGCAACUCAUUCACCAAAAACUCAAGAUUAUUGUUACCUUUACAGGAUUAAUACACCAUCCAUGUUACCUCAAGAAUGUAGAAAGACAUUUCAUAAAACUUACUGCAAUUUAAAAAAAGAAAACAGUGUAUGUUUUAUCUAUUGUUAGUCCCAAUCUUCUGCAUUCCAAACACUGAAAACAUUAUAGAGCUAUGUGAAGAUAUUCACAUAACACUUAUAACUGUAUCUUAUCUGCCUGUGACACUUUUGAUACUGUCAGUACAAAAGGUACAAGAUUCAAAGCAGAAAGUUCCUGAAGAUUGAAUGGGCAUAUGUAAGAGGAUUUAGAAGUGUAACUUUAAAUAUACAUCACUUUUACAGAUACCCAAAUUAUAUAUUUUUUUAGAAUAAAUAGUUUGAUGCAUCAUUUAUGUAGUGAGGAUGGAUUCUCUUAAUUUCAUGAUACAGUAUCAGACACUCCUUUUAUUUUACAUAAUCUCAAAAGACAGACUAGCAUUUUUCCCUUUUUCCUUUGCCUUAAGUCAAAAUUUAAUCCAGAAAAUAUUCAGUUAGGGUUCACCAAGGGGUGUACAGAAAAUGUGAAAGUGGUAUUGGUAAUUUGACAAUACUGAAAGGCUAACUUGUUCUUAAAAUAUCACCACAGUAAAAUGUGUCAAAAAAAAAACAAAAAAAAA